CUUCUCGCCGCCAGUAGUGGUAGAAGUCCCGGUCGGGGUCGAGCAAGAGUGCAAGUAUGCGCGUGUGUGCAUAGCGGUGUGUGCUUCUGCGAGUGCAUCUCGAGUGCGUCUCCCUCGCAGCGACGGCGGGAGAAACAGGGACGCUGAGGCACGACGUCGCCGUACGGACAACUGCGACGACGACGACGACGACGACGACGACGACGACGACGACAACGACGACAACGACGUCGACGAGAAGGAGAAGAAGGAGGAGGAGGAGAACGAGAGGUGUGCGAGAACGACGUGGUGGCAUAGAGGACGACGCGUUACCAGCGUCUCUCGGCCGUCGCUGCUGACUCGGUCUGAUCUCACGCGGAGGCGAAAGUGGCGCGAGAGGCUGCACGAGAGAGGGAAAGAGAAAGAAAGAGAGAGUCGCAAGAGACUGUGAGAGACAUCGGCUGAGCUGCUGGUGGACACGCGAUCAGGAUGCGACCGAGGAGUGACACGGUUACAUCGAUCGUAUACCAAGAUCCUCGAAGACCCGAUAUCGAGGACUCAUUUGCCUAAGAAGCGGAGACAUUCGCGGAGCAAGCUCAGGAAGAAGAAGGACCGCGUAACGAAGAAGGCAGAGACGCGCAGAGACGCCACUGGAGGUGGGCCGGUGGAAAGCUUCGCGGAGGGCCCGGUACUUGGCGGUGAGAAGAACGCGAAGAAGGUGAAGGGUAAAAGCAUCUAAGGGCGGGUGAGGGGAUGCAGCUCGAAAGGGUGGCGGCAUGGAGGAGCCCUCGUUGGAGGCUCUCAUGCAGGCGGGCCUUAUCUUCGUGGUCGGCGUCGCCAUCAUCCUCUCGAAUCUCCUCAUCAUCGCCACCUACCUCAACUUCCGCGGUCCCUCCGAGGUGAUAAACUACUACUUGCUAUCGCUCGCCUCUGCAGAUCUUCUCUGUGGUCUGUUGGUGGUUCCGUUCUCGGUGUAUCCGGCGCUGGUGCGAAGAUGGGUCUACGGAGACAUCGUGUGCCGACUGGUCGGUUACCUGGAGGUCACGCUCUGGGCGGUAUCGGUGUACACCUUCAUGUGGAUCUCCGUGGAUCGUUAUCUGGCUAUCAGGAAACCGCUGAGGUACGAGACCGUACAGACGAAGACUCGAUGCCAAUGCUGGAUGGUCUUCACGUGGAUCAGCGUGGCGAUGAUGUGCUGCCCGCCCUUGCUCGGCUUCAACAAACCGAUCUUCGAUCGCGAGGCCUUCAUCUGCAUGCUCGACUGGGGCAACAUGGCCGCGUACACCAUCACGCUGUCCAUCCUCGUGCUGGGACCGUCGGUCAUCACCAUCGUCUACACGUACUUCUACAUCUUCUCCAUGAUGAGGCGGCUGAAGUCCGGCGUGCUAAUCCACGACAAGGAGUACGCCACCGCGCUGUCGGAAAAUCUGAGCAACCCGAGUCACAUCAUGUCUUUCGUCCUGGUGCUGGCUUUCUGGCUGUCCUGGGCGCCGUACGCGGGAUUAAGGAUAUACGCGCUCCUUAAUGGGCCUCCUCAGGUACCGUUUCUACACUUUGCCGUGGUGUGGCUGGGGAUUGCGAACAGCUUCUGGAAGGCGAUCGUUCUCGGCACCCUGAGUCCUCAGUUCCGGCUGGCCGUGCGAGUGCUUUGCCUCACCGUGUUCUGCCGGCACAGGCGGCUACCGCCGGAGCUCCUCGGCCUCGACGACGACGACUAACGCAACAUCGACUACGUCUACGAGCAGCAGCGCCUCUACGUUACGUUCUAAUACUUUGGUCGCGGCGCCUACCUUAGAGCGUCGCUUUUGUCUCUCUCUUCUAUUUAAGGAUCGCCUUCGCGUCUCUCGGCACCGUUCGCCGCGCGAUUCCCUCGCGACUUCGCAGGUGCGUGUCGACGUUGGCUUACGGUCCGGUGGUUGAAAAUGACUCGAACGAGGAAACGAGGGAACACGCCGGGCGAUGAUGAACGAAACGAUCCUUCCGCUGCGGCGCCAUUCUGUACUUUUCGCGCGUUCUGCUCUCGCGGAAAUGUUUCAACACUUUGUCCGCUUGUCCCGAUUACGUAAACGAUCCAAAUCGCUAUCUCGAAUGCUCAGUUAGCCCACCCGAUUUUCGUGACGAAAACACAUCGGCGUCGCACAGAGCGUGAGGUGAUGACACGAGCUGGCGGAAACGAGCGGCGAGCGGUGCCCCGAGAAUUUUGCGAAACACAUUACUGGCGGAAUUCGGCGACUCCGUCGACGCGCGUCCAAUUCUCUAAUUCAAAAAAAAAGGAAAAAAAAUCUCGCUUCGCUCAAGAACACGCUAGAGUCCGUUAAUUAGAGUCCCGUCUCUAACCGGGACGAACUUUCCGCGUCGUCGCACGUGAGACAAAACGAAGAAACGAUGUGUGUCGCUCCGCGGUAUUUCAAAUUAAUCAUCGCCUAGUUUACGUCGUAAGACCACGCUCAAUAAGUGUCGUAGCGUAUUAUAUAUAUGCGAAAACAAAACAAAGCAAAAUAAAACAAAAAAAAAGAAGAAGACGAAACAAACGAGAGUUACUAAUGAUUGUCGCGCGAGCGGGCCGCAGAUCCAAAUCGUCAAACUGAUCCAUUAUACACAACAUACGCCGGAAUUAUAUAGUGCAGGGAGAGAAAUCUAGUCAAUUAUCGGAGAUGCCUCUACGAAUGUGACGCGUCGUCGGCGACGAGAUCUGCGUCGUCGAAGUGUCGUCGUACCCGUAGAACGCCCUCGACGGAUAUAAGAAUCGAGUGCCGAGCGUGCGAACGUUUGCGCCUUUUUUUAACGCUCUUCCUCUCUCACAUCCGUGACGCGGCCGGCUCUCCCUUUCUGGUGCCUUCUCUUUCUCAUCAAGGACGGAUCCUCCAGCUUGACCAGAAAGAGAAGGUGUGUGUAUGUGUAUGUAUGUUGUGUUUGUUUGUAUGUUGUUUGUGCGCGCGCGCGCGCGUUUGUAUGAAAAGGCAUGUGUGCGUGUAUGUGUGGAUGCCCCCUUCGGAAUCUAGCUGAGCUCUCGUUAGCUUUCUGGACGUGCUGGGUCAACAGGAGUACCCUUUCCCACCGAUCAAAUCAAAAUGUCGUCGUUUAAUCUAAUUCUUAAUCGAGAUCACGCGAGUUUUACGGGCAUCCUGACUCGGCGCCCGCUGUAAGCUUUAUUAUCACUAAUCUUGUACAAAGCGCUAUAUACAAAAAUCGGCUAGUUGCGACUUUUUUGCAUGAAAGCGUAAAAUAUUGCGUCCAAUUUUCGCACGUCUACAUGAACUAUGACGAUUCGAGGCGCAAUUUCGCACGAGAGCUAUCUCGAACAAGGACGGUACUCGAGAGACGAGAAAUUUUACCGGAGCUGGAACCGAAAUAUUUGAAGAAAACACAGAUAAAGGGAGAGAGAGAGAGAGAGAGAGAGAGAGAGAGGAUGGAUGUGUGUCGAAGGUGUGGGAGAAACGCGGUUUCGUGAAAUAAAA